CUCCUCCUAGCAGCAGCAACUCCUGCUGCCUCCGCUCCAGUCCGAGGGCGCAGCCCCAGCCUCAGCAGCAGCAGCAGCAGCAGCAGCACCAUGCAGGCAGUGCUGCUGGGCCCCGCGGCUGCCCUCCUGCUCCUGCUCCUCCUGGCCCCCGGCUCCUGGCAGGCUAUGUUGCUCCACCAAGACCGGGCAGAGGCUUCCCAGUUCCUGCGGCAAAGGUCCCGCCGAGCCUACCAAAUCUUCGAAGAGACCAAGCAAGGCCAUCUGGAAAGGGAAUGUGUGGAGGAGCUCUGCAACAAGGAGGAAGCCCGGGAGGUGUUUGAGAAUGACCCUGAGACGGACUAUUUUUACCCGAAAUACUUGGCGUGUAUUCGGAAGUAUGGGUCACCAUAUACAAGAAAUCCAGAUUUCCAUACAUGUGUACAUAAUUUGCCAAACCAGUGUUCACCUAGUCCUUGUUAUAAAGAUGGCACUGUAUCAUGUGAAGACUUGAAAGGUGGAUAUCUUUGCCAUUGCAAACAUGGCUGGCAUGGAGACAGAUGUGAAAAAGAUAUUGAUGAAUGUAAAGAUCAGCAUGGUGGUUGUAAACACAUUUGUACCAAUAAGCAAGGCAGCUAUCAUUGCUCUUGUUAUAAUGGCUAUGCUCUUAAAAGUGACAAUAAAUCUUGUGAAGAUAUAGAUGAAUGUACAGUAUCAGCGGACAUCUGUGGAGAAGCUCGGUGUCAAAAUUUGUUAAGCUCUUAUACAUGUGUUUGUGAUGCUGGCUACAGGUAUGACGAUGUAAGAAAGGUUUGCCAAGAUGUGGAUGAAUGUGAACAGAACUUCUGCGAGCAGGCUUGUGUCAAUACUCCAGGAAGUUACAACUGCCACUGCAAUGGAAGAGGUGGAGUUAAGCUUUCAAGUGACAUGAACACAUGUGAGGAUAUUUUGCCUUGUGUAUCCUUUGCUGAUGCAAAAAGUGUUAAAUCCCUCUAUCUUGGAAGAAUGUUUAGUGGCACACCUGUUAUCAGGCUACGUUUUAGGAGGAAACAGCCUACACGACUUGUGGCUGAAUUUGACUUCAGAACCUUUGAUCCUGAAGGCAUCCUUUUCUUUGCUGGAGGCCAUCGAGAUAGUACAUGGAUAGUCUUGGCUUUGCGCAAUGGACGAUUAGAGCUGCAACUCAAAUACAGUGGAAUAGGACGUGUGACCAGCAGUGGACCAGUUAUCAACCAUGGAAUGUGGCAGACAAUAUCGGUUGAAGAAAUGGAGAGAAGUUUGGUUAUAAAAGUCAAUAAGGAUGCUGUUAUGAAGAUAGCUAUCUCAGGAGAUCUGUUUACUUUGGACAGAGGUCUCUACCAACUGAAUCUGACAGUGGGAGGUGUUCCUUUUAAGGCCAAAGAUCUUGUUCAGCCUAUCAAUCCCCGACUUGAUGGCUGUAUGAGGGGAUGGAAUUGGCUGAAUGGAGAGGAUAUGACUAUACAAGAGACGGUGAAACUUAAUGAUAAGAUGCAGUGCUUUGCAGUUGCAGGAAGAGGAUCUUUCUAUCCUGGCAAUGGUUUUGCUGUCUUUAAUUUCAGUUAUGCCAAACCACUUGACAGCAAUGAAACCAGGAAACAAUGGGAAGUAAAAGUAAACAUUUUAAUUCGGCCAGUCACAGAUACUGGAGUACUCUUUGCUCUGGUCAGCACUGAAGCCACAGUCCCAUUGUCAGUGGCUUUGAUCGAUUAUCAUUCCACAAAGAAACUUAAACAACAGUUUAUCGUCUUGGCAGUUAGGAAUACAGUGGUAUGCAGACUGGCAGUAAGCAUUUGUGAUGAACAGGAACACUUGGUUGACAUUUCUAUCAGCAAGGGCCAGAUAUUGCUGACAAUGGAUGGGACUGCAGGACAAAGUGAACUCAGCCAUUCACAGCUAGAAGACAAGCUGUCUGUCUUGGAUGAUUACCUGCAGUCAUCAGUCAAAACCUAUGUGGGAGGAUUGCCAGAUGUUCCUGUCACUGCAACUCCAGUCACCGCUUUCUACCGUGGCUGCAUGACAGUGAAAGUUGACAAGCAACCUUUGGAUCUAGAUGAGGCUGUCUACAAGUCCAGUGACAUCACAUCUCAUUCUUGUCCUCCAGUAAAGACAGAUCAAUAGAAGCACACACAUGCGCGCAAGAUUUAUAUUCCAAAAAAGUCAGUUUUGAUGCUUAUAAAUUAUUCAGACUUCCAGCACUGCGUGUAUAGUUCUCUUGAACACUGAAGUUAUGUAGGAGCUACUGAAACUGAAAUGUCAGAUUAAUUAUUGAAAUAUUUCUUUGCUUGGGAAAGUUUAAAAUGUGUAAUAUAUUUGUAAAUAGUUGAAAAGACUAAUAUUAUUAACCCAAUGCUGCAAAUUAUUGCGUAAGGUGAGUGGUGAAGAGACAGAUCGUAUCUGUCAUGUGACAACUGGUAAUAUAUUUUGAGUGGACUGGAAGAUUUAAAAUUAUGUAUUUUUUUAUUACCAAAUGCUCCUUCCUGACUUACCAAAUAUGAAAAAAUAAAAACCUUUUUUUGAA